UGAUGGGUUCAACAAGAAAAUGAAUUUAGCUGUUUUUUGAAAGAAAGAGCUGAGGAUAUGAGAGAUGAAAUAUGAUCGAUCAAGAAAGAUUUAUAAAUUCGACAAGCAACAUAAAGUUGCAUCAAUCACGGUAGCCUCAAAACAAUCACAGGUGACAUCACAGGAGACAAAAUGAAGAAUGUCACACACAUCACACAAUUCACUCAAAUUACAAUUUCUGACAAUGGGAUAACAGAGAAACAAAUAACUAUCUACACAAUUUUGGAAGCUGGAUUUUCCCCUUCCAUGAAGAACAAUCAGCACCGAAGCUACAGGAAGAUGCAUCAACUUUACAGCUCAUUACCAAUAGACCAAAGCAAUUCCAUCACCAACUACGAUUCAACUGUAUUAGAGAAUCUCCAGCCUGAAGACUACAAAUUACCACACCUUCUCCUAAUUAAGAUGUAUCUGAGCAGAGUUCUCGAUCAACAAAAGAAAAUCAGGCUAAUCUACUUGAUGAAUUUCAUUUAUAUCUUCUCUAUUCUUGGGUACAUGUAUUCCUACAAAUCCUUCUAUGCCUUCUUCCCUCUAUGGAAGAUCAAAAUAAGGUUUGCUCAGGAAACAACAUUGAUAGCAGAGGAAACUCAGGCCACUUGGGGAAAUGGGGAGCAACAUGAGGCGCUGACCUAGCUUUCAACUGGGCAAAAGAGAGGCGGCAC